AUGAAUUACAAUAGAAACAGUAUAACCAGUCCACCAAGAAGAGUUUUUUCUGAUCAUCAUUACCAAAGAGAUUCAAUAGUUUCUAGUCCUUCUUUCACCUCAAGUAACUUCAAUAAUUUCCAAGUUGGGUUAGUCAAAGUUUAUCAAUCUGAUGAAGAGUGUUCAACUGAUAGUUUUUCACUCAAUUCAAAAAACUUCAAUGAUGUCAAUAAUAUAGUAUCACAAGUUAAUAAUAAUAAUCAGGAUUUAAAUUCAAGUCCAAGCUUGAAACAAUCUGCUUCAAAUACAACCCCUGCUUUUGAUGAUAGAGUAUUAUUCAAUAAAUGGGAUGAUAUAUCAACAACACAACAAGAAAAUCUGAAGAUACCCGAAAGCGGGAUAGAGAGAUCACAAUAUGUAUUAGACAAGAUUAUUGAAUCAUAUCAAUCUGAAGAAGGUGCGAUCUUCUUAACAAAUAAUGUCUUUUUAAAUAGAAAAAUUUAUCAACAACCAGAAACUAUAUUAAAUGGAUCAGUUAAAAUCAAUAUCAUUCAAGAAAUUAGUUCUUUACUUAGGAAAUUUGGUGGUGAUAAUAACGAUAGUAAUAAAUUAUCUACAGUGGAGCCAACUUUAUUAUACUAUAAAAAAUUGAUGGAUGCCUUUGAUGUUUUUCAAACUGAAAGUCAAAAUUCAAAUUCUUCAUUUGAUAGUGAUACAGUAUCUACAAAUUCAAGUAUAAUGACUUCAAAACCUUAUAAGACAAGUUCAAGAGAAUCAUUAAAGAAUUCAUUAAAUAGAACUUCAUCUUCCAUCCCAAUUACCAAGACAAAUUCCAAUACAAUACCAAAUAACAAUAAAGAUUUACCAUCUUCACCAGAUACUGAGAAGAAAAAGAAGAGAAAUUCAUUGAUUUUGGACAAAUUCAGAGGAAAAAUUAAAGCUAAACCUAAAAGACAUUCAUUAAAUCCAGAUACCCGAUUAAAUCAAGCUCAAUCAUCCAAUGUUACAAGUCCAACAAUCGAAAAAGCAAGAGUUAACCUUCAUUCACGUUCCAUAUCUGUUUCUUCAACAGCAUCUUCAAGAUCAGUGAAAGAUCAAGCCACAAUACAUGAAUACAUCAAAGCUAUUGAGAACUUACAAUUCACAUUGAAUACUAUCAAGAGACAAAUAUCACAAAAUUCAGGUACAGUAGAACAAUUCAAUUUGGUUGUUAAUUUCCUUGGGGAAAACAUUGUGAAAUUUGUUAUGGCAGAUAUCACUUAUUUAGCUAUUAGAUUCUUGAAGAACUCAGCUAGUGAGUUUGUAUAG